CCAGAACCCAGUCUGUCACCUAACACCAUUUAGUCAUCGACCAAAUGUCAAAAUUGGGUCAAAUUACACACUAUAAGCCAACCAAAAAGGGUUGCAAGUUAUGGAUUUGGGCCAUACUAUGCACUCUUUUACUAUCCAUCGUUGUGGCUUCGGAGGCGCCAAAACCUGUGCUUGAAGAUCCUGCACCAGCGCGUUUUAUGCAGAAUGUACUGCAAUCAUCUGCUUCACAGAAUUACUGCAAUCCUAGCGGGCAAAUCAAGGAUACCUGUUGUGAUUUUCAGAGCGUAGAAGAGAUUCAAGACGAUAUUUUUGAUAAAAUUCAAGCCCUCGUCCGUACCGCUUUCUUUCGAUUUUACAAGUUAAAUUUAUGGCGAGAAUGCCCAUUUUGGAACGACGAUGGAUUGUGUAUGAAUCGAGACUGUUCCGUGGCUACGACCGACGAAUCAUCCAUCCCGGAAGAAUGGCGGCAGGAAGCCUUGAGCGCCCUACAAUUUACACCCAAAGAUUCAUUGUUCCAACCAUUCCAGGCUUGUCAAUACAAAGACGAAGAUUUCUGUAUGGUGGAUGAUCCAAGCGACAGUGAGGGUGUGUAUGUCAAUUUAUUGGAUAAUCCGGAGCGGUUCACGGGAUAUGCUGGCGCUUCCGCUGGCCGAGUGUGGAAAUCCAUUUAUGAAGAGAACUGCUUCGACAUUGUUCACAAAAUGACCGAAGGGUGCGAGACAUGCAAUAACAUUUUAAACAUGGGAACCAACUUGGAAAAGAACAGCAAUCCCUUGCGAAGCAUUGAGCAAGCUAGAAAACGGCCCGAUACCGGCGACCAAUUUCCUCACGUACCCGACAACAAGGCAGACAUGCGUCGACUGAUGCACGAUCUCGCAGAAGACGCCGAUGGAAGCGGAACCAAUGAGGAUGAUGUGUGCCUUGAAAAACGUGUCUACUACCGAUUGGUUUCGGGAUUGCACUCUUCCAUCUCUAUUCAUAUUUGUGAUGAAUUUUUCAAUCAGACAACCGGUCAAUGGGGCCCCAAUCUCGAUUGCUUUGUCACCCGUAUUGGAUCCCACCCGGAACGGUUGCAAAAUGUUUACUUUACGUAUGCAGUGGUGCUUCGGUCCAUCACGAAAUUGGGUGAAUACUUGGAAGCGUACAACUUUUGUAGCGGGGAUUCCGUUGAAGAUAUGCAAGUCAAGACCAUGGUUCAUGAUCUCAUCCGUGCUGCCAAAGAAUGCCCGCCUACAUUUGACGAAAAAACAAUGUUUCAAGGUCCGGAGGCCAAGGCUCUCAAGAUCGAAUUCCGGGAUCAUUUCCGCAAUGUGUCUCGCAUUAUGGAUUGCGUUGGCUGUGAAAAGUGCCGACUGUGGGGCAAAUUGCAAACGACAGGCUUAGGUACAGCACUCAAGAUAUUGUUCUCUUAUGAAGAAAAGAGCUUAAAUCCAAAGUGGAAUCCAAACCUGAUUCAGCGGGGUGAACUUGUGGCUCUAUUCAACACGCUAAACCGACUGUCGGAAAGCCUAAGAGCCAUCCAAAAGUUUAGAAUCAUGUACCAGGAGAGAAUGAACGCUUCAUCACAGGAGCUUCAACUCACGGAAGCGGUAUCUGUGAAAGUGAAAAGGAUACUACACAAUUAUCUGACGCACGGGUUCCACCUAGUUCUUCGAGGUUUUCGUUUCGUCCUGUCAGAAAUGAAGCAACGGUGGGACAUACCGCUGCCAUCUUAUCUCGAAUCUUUCAUGUCACACCGGGGUUAAUCCUCAGCAGCAUAUUAUCCGCUUCUACUAUCCGGUGAUAUGUAGAAAUCAAUCAUAGAAUAACAACAGCAUCAAUAUCUAUGGUUUUGUGUUCAAAUCAAACUUUAAAAUAGUACGAAUGGACAUAAAGCAAGGUCUUUCAAAAUGGU